AUGUCCGCUGCUACACAGUCCGCACCUUCUCCCAACGGCGUCUCGUCGUCGCCUUCCAAGGUCGCCUUUGACCACAGCGCAGCUCUCAAAAAGAUUGCCGCCGUGCCGCUGGUCUCGGACUCGCUCCAUUUUGCACACUCGACCAUCCAGUCGUACCCUCUGCUCACCACCACGUACGGCUACGGCGAGAACCUGUUCAACUCGUCGCUCAAGGCUGCCCAGCCCAUCACCAACCGCAUCCACCCGCAGCUCGCCUACGUCGACUCGCUUGCCGCCAAGUCGCUCGAUUUCGCCGAGAGCAAGUGGAGUUACCCCUUCCACGCCCCCACCCAGGACUUGAUCGACGUAGCCAAGCUGCCCGCCGACACGGCCAAGAGCUACUUCAACGCCUAUACCGCCGCCAUCCACAAGGCGUACGGCGAGCGUCUCUACACCCCCGCCAAGUCGGCGUACGAAUCGCACGUUGUGCCCGCCUACGAUUCGGCUCACACCAAGUUUGACGAGAUCAAGAGUCACAACGCCUACCUGCAGCGCGCCACGGACAUUGUCAAGGAGCUCCAGGCCAACCUGGCCAAGACGCUCGAGACCAUCUCGUCGCGCAGCAAGCAGGAGGGCGAUCAGGCCACCGAAAAGGCGCAGGGCAUCUCGAACGCCAUCUUUGCCGAGCUCGAGCGCGUACGUCACUUUGCCCAGAACUUGCCCGCCGAGAGCCGCAAGCGCGUUGGACCGGUCAUCGAGACAUUCACCGAGACGUACGAGAAGCUGAGCAAGGAGGCGCGCAACCCGGAGGUGCCAGCUAGCACGCGUUUCCUCAAUGUGAUCAAGUUUGUUCGCGAGCAGUCGCUCCCGGCUCUGCAGAAGGCCAUCAUCAACCCUCCCUCCUCCACGCAGCAGAAGGCCGAGUCUGCUGUUGACUCAGCUACCGGCAACUAA